CAAAAAUGGUUAUUUUUGAAACCUAAAUGGUUUAAUAAUUUCUAGCGUGCAGGCCAAAAAAACCCUAAAUACAACAACAAGAAAAAUAAAUAAAAAUACCAAUUGUGCAAAAUCGAAAAGUGUUAAAAUUUAUUUAAACCAAUAACUUACGACGUAUCGUCCAAAAUUAGGAUGGCUGGGUCUGCUUUGAGACGUUUGAUGGCAGAGUAUCGUCAACUUACACUGAAUCCUCCCGAGGGAAUCAUCGCUGGUCCAGUUAGCGAGGAAAACUUCUUCGAAUGGGAAGCUCUCAUCACCGGCCCCGAAGGAACUUGCUUCGAGGGAGGGGUAUUUACAGCAAAAUUAGUUUUUCCUCCGGAUUAUCCGCUGAGUCCACCGAAGAUGCGUUUUACCUGUGAAAUGUUCCAUCCCAACAUACUGCAUUUUAUUCUUCCAGUUUUUGCCGAUGGUCGGGUUUGCAUAUCCAUAUUACACGCUCCAGGAGACGAUCCGUUAGGAUAUGAACUAUCUGCUGAACGUUGGAGUCCUGUGCAAAGCGUUGAAAAAAUUCUACUUAGCGUCGUGAGCAUGUUGGCAGAACCCAAUGAUGAAUCCGGGGCAAACGUGGAUGCAGCGAUCAUGUGGCGUGAAAAUCGAGAAGAGUUUAACAAAAUAGCGAAACGUAUCGUUAGGAAAACACUCGGGCUGCCUUCAUAAAUGUGCAUAGAAAUAAAUUAAUUUCGUUGUA